AUGUUUUACAUUAGGCCUCAAGAGCAAAUUACAACCUGUUCAUUGUUCCCAUUAAAUGAACAAUAUCUCCUAAACGACUUAAGAAGGGAAUAUUAUAGACAACAACAAAUUGAAAAAAGACAACGUCAAAAAUUGAAUCAGCCAGACGUUGAAUUCACCCAAAAUUUAGAUGAGUAUUUUAUCAUUUUGAAUAAAAAGCUGAGUCGGGAUAACUAUAAAGCUAUGAAGACAUUCGAAGGCUAUUCAAUCAGGUUGGUUGAUGAUUCCUUAAUUAUAAAGUCCAAAAGAGAUAACUUUUAUAAAAGUGUUCAGUUACCUGAAAAUGUUGCCUAUGGUACUGAUAUCACUUACAGAUUAUAUGACGAUGGAUAUAAGAUGGUGAUAUCCAUCCCUAAAAAGAAAGCAAUACAGAUUAAGACGCCGGCUUUUGGAUUCCCAGAUUUAUUUGACAACUUGAAAAUUUUGUCAGAUGUUUUUGAUAGCUCUUAUGUUGGUAGAUGUAACGAAGGUAGAAAGAUAAGAAUUCCUAUUAGCGAUUCCAAUGAGAGUGAUGAAGUUUCAAUCAAUAAAAAAGGUAUUGAAGACAGUCAGAUUGGUAACGAAGAAGGCAAAGAGCAACUUGAUGAGAGAAUGCAAGAGGAAACUGAAAUCUGUAACGAGAAUGCAAGUGCUGUAUUUGACAGCAAGCAUGGACGUGAUUGUGAAGCAAAAGCCGGCACACCAUUAAAAUCAGAUCAAACUCUUGAAGGAAAUAGUGAUAGUGACUGGGAAGAUAUUGAAGACGGGAACGAGAAUGUGUGGAUGGACAUUGACGAAGAACCAAAAAGUGUGAGCAUAAAUCAGAAUGCUAAAGAUGAAGUUGCUGUUGAUGGAAAAAGUGAAAACAGAGCUAGUGUUUUGUCUGAACAACCGGAUCUUCUCAAGAACUACAAAACCACACUCAAGAACACUGUUUUCGUUCCUAAUAUGGCACGGAAUGACGAUCCAAUGUCUUCAGAGUCUGAAUCGUCACUGGAGAGCCCCAAUUCUGUGGAGGAGUCCACAGCGGGACCUGCGAGGAGAACAUAUAGCCCAAGCAUUGAAAAUGUAGUUGAUGCUGAAUUUUUGUAA